AUGCCUCCCCACGACAAGCAGAAUGGCUCUCGCCCCCUGAUGCCCACCCUCAGUGCCGCGGCAAAGAUAGCCAGCGGCACCUCUUUGACUCCACGAGUUGCUGGCUCAGUUCCCGCGGGAGGUUCGACCCCAUCAGCACGACGGACUACACGCACCGAGCAUGAUGCACAGGCGGGAUCAUCCAGGGAAGACCUCUCGACUCCGGUUUCCGCCUUUCUAUGCAACAACAUUACCCCCAGAUCAGGAUCGCGAAAGAUUCGAGUCGAUAGCGCGAAUUCCACCCCAUCAGGGACUCCAACUGGAACUUCUGCUACCGUUGCAAGUGAACUAUUUCGAGUUACCCACGAUCCCUCAGCACACGGGCCCGGGCUUGGAAGUGGCGGGAAUGACAGAGACAUGGCAAUAAAGCGUCAGACGGUCACCUUCAGUACUUCGGUAUCAGAAGCAGGCCAUUUGAAAAGCCCAGGGCUACCAGGUUCUGCGGAUUCCAAGUUCUUCUUUGCAAGUGAUGCGAAGUCCGUUCAAAACUCGAAGCCACCGCCCCAGGCCAAAAGCUCACCAACCUUCUUCUAUGCCAAUGGCGAGUCAAUCCCUCCUCCGCAGAGGUCAGGCUCAUCCGCUCCGGCAUCCACUGUGGGUGAGGAACGAUCCCAACCCCGGUUCUUUCAUGCCAAUGGUGCUCCGGAUCUCCAGGCCUCUCCACAACUUACUCAACCAAGACUGGGCUCUACUAUAUCGACGUCCUCCCGUAUGGCUCCUAAACGCUUAUCUGGCUCUGGCACAGCUUUACCACCGCGACCUGCAUCCCCAUCAAAAUUCAAUCAGUCUACAUCCUCUACUUCGUCACAAAGAGGUGCUCUUUCUAUGCCCUCUCCGAUGUUAUCUCGACCACAAUCGGGGGGACGAGGACAUUCCACAAAUAGCAUAACUGCACCACGAAAAAAGAGCUUUGAUGGUUCAUCAACAGCUGGCAGCCAUACUCGAUCAACCAGUAUAAGCUCAGUGGACUCGAAAACAACAUCUAGGGGAGUUUCCAGUGAUUCCUUUGAGGAACAACCCCCUACUACACCAUUGAAUAUUGUCACAACCCCUGGUCGUCCCUCGUCACCCAAUGAAAUUCCAGAGGAAGUCGAACCGGCUGCUGAAGACAUCCCGUCUGGACUUCAGAGUCCCAUCAAGGCUGGGGGCUCAAUAGAGCAAAUGAAUGAGCUUGCCGCUAAGGCACGACGAGAAAGGAAAGUAUUAGACCUUGAGAUUACCAAUUCCUCUCUGGCUGCUAUAAAUCGGACUCUUGAACGAGAAAUGCGAAAGCAGACCGCCGAGCUGCGUCGCUAUAGAAGGUUGUCUCGUUCCGGUCGCCUCUCCCUCGCUACUACAACCUCAGUCCGCACAUCGACUGCUAGUCUCAAGAGUAUAGACGACAUACGCAACACACCGCUCUCCGAUAUGAGCGAGGAAGAACUCGAAGACGAGUCAGAACCUGAAUUGUCGGAAGAAGACUCCUUGGACGAUGGCACAUUAAGCCCUGAUGCCCUGGCAGCAAGCGAUUUACUGCACAGAAAGAAGGAUGAGAAGAGAUUAGAGCUUGAUCUAUCGAAGCACCAGCAGCUGCUCAUUGAUAGCCAGAAGUUGAAUGAGAGUCUGAAGCGGUGCUUGGGCUGGACAGAAGAAUUGAUUAACGAAGGGAAGAAGGCACUCGAGUACAAUGUCAAAGCUUCUGACAUUGAACUUGGUGGGAGAGUCCUCAUCUCAGACGAUGUCGAGGACGGGCUUCCGGUUCAUACAACACUGAACCCGAUCGAUAUCGAUACAAAAAUGUUACAGGAGGCAAUGAGCCUGGCUGCUGAUGAAACGAAUGUUUGGAGGGGUGAAAGGAAGGAUGAUAGGGACAGUGGGAUAGUCCUGGAUGGGUCUCAGAGGGAACCCUUUUCGCUCGAGCCUCCACCAAAAUCACGACCUUAA